CCAAUACCAACACCGGUAGAAAAAUAUCUUACAUUUGGCGAGCACCGAUCGUAUUGUUUUUUAUGGCGCUAACAAUGUGUUUAUUGUUGAUGGUUGAAUUCCACUUCGCGUGACAGGAAGAAAAUUGCGUCGUCUGCAAAAUCAACUAAUGUGCACUGAUUUAUAUUAUCUUGAACACCAGAACUGGAAUGAAGGUCGAAUUACGGUCGUCAGGAAGUAAAUAAUGGCUGCAGCUGUGAGGAUUCGCGUUGCCCAGUUGGUUCAAAAGCACGCUUUUUCACUAUUGACACAACCUAGGUGCUUGGCAGCUACUCAGAAACUAUGUUUCCACAAUUCUUACUUGCUAUGUGUUGCUGGGCAAGAAAUCAAGAUGCCUUCACUUUCCCCUACCAUGUCAGAAGGGACAAUUGUGAAAUGGUUGAAGAAGGAAGGAGAUGUUGUUCAGCCAGGUGACGUUCUCUGUGACAUACAGACUGACAAAGCUGUUGUCUCAUUUGAAACUGAAGAAGAGGGCGUCCUUGCAAAAAUCCUGGUUCCAGAGAACACAGCUGAUGUCAAGGUGGGAACGCUGAUAGCUCUGAUGGUGGCUCAGGGAGAGGACUGGAAGUCUGUGGAAGUGCCGGCUUCGGGUGGGGCACCGCCCCCUGCCCCUGCUCCUGCUCCAUCUGCCCCAACCGCCCCACCCCCGGCUCCUUCUGUCGCUGCGAAACCUCGCCACCCAGAAACACCACACAACAUUGGUCCCGCUGUUAGACUUCUUCUGGAGCAAUACGGUCUGCAGCCAUCAGACAUACCUGGAACCGGCCGAGGAGGGAAGGUGCUCAAGGGCGAUGUCCUCGAAUUUGUCAAAAAGAACACACUGAAGCCGAAGCCACCAAAGCAAGUUCCUCCACCUCAGGCGGCCAAAGCACCUCCGCCAGGUGCUGUGCGAAAGCCAGCUGCAGGAGCAGCAGCGAAAGUUAAGCCGCCGGGCGCAAAGUUCUCAGAUCUUGAGCUGACUAACAUGCGCCGCACCAUCGCAAAGAGGCUGACACAAUCCAAGUCAACAAUACCACAUGCCUAUGGCAGCGUCAAAUGUACAAUAGACAAAAUAUUAGCUUUAAGGAAGCAGUUGAAAUCAGAUGGUAUAUCUGUAUCUGUGAAUGACUUUGUUGUGAAAGCUGUUGCAAAUGCAUUGCUCCAGUAUCCUGAAGUUAAUGUACAUUGGAUCGAUGGAAAGAUAGUUCAUAUUCCAACUGUGGAUGUAUCAAUAGCAGUUGCCACAGAUGCUGGUUUGAUCACACCCAUAGUGAAAAAUGCAGCAGGCAAGGGUAUCGAAACGAUCUCAACAGAAAUACGCGAACUGGCAGAAAAAGCACGAUCUGGGAAACUCCAGCCUCAUGAAUUCCAAGGUGGAAGCUUCACGGUAUCCAAUUUGGGCAUGUUUGGCAUUGGAGAAUUCAGUGCUAUCAUCAAUCCCCCACAGUGUGCCAUUCUUGCAGUCGGAGGUGGGAAACAAGUAAUAAACUCUGAAGGACGACCGGAGACCCGCAUGGUGGCAACACUGUCGUACGAUAACCGUGCCAUUGAGGAUACAGUGGCAGCUCAGUUUCUGCGUGCUGUUGGUGAUUUUCUUGAUGAUCCAAAUGUGCUGCUACUUGGUAGUGCCCCAGGACUUCGUUCUGAACUCAGUUCGUGAGAGAGAGAGGCAUGAUUUUCAAAGUAGGUAUUUUCAGGGAGGCAGAAGAAUGAACUUUGAAGACCAUUACUCUUUGACUAGUGAAAUCCUUACGAACAGUUGUUAAAAACCAUAAGAUGUUGUUGAAUAUGUUGUAAGCAUUUUGUUAAAUGGAGAUAUAUUUAUUUUAAUGUUUUGUGUGACAGUGUCCUUGUUCGUGUUGUAUAUGAAACAAUAUGCACUGCCUAUUUAUAUUGAUUUAUUUGAUUGAUUCCAGAAACAAGAAGGUUCUUUGGACACUGUGUAGACUGUGUAAUGUACAUAAGAAAUAAUUCGUAUGACUGAACUGUUGUUUGUGAAUCUUUGAACAUGCAUUUGUUGCUUGUGUAACUUAUUCAAAAUUUUGUUGUUAUGAAUGCCAGAUUUAUUUUAUUGCUCAAAUUGGUACCUGAGCAAGCAAUUUGUAUACCUUUUAGGUCUGUAGAAUGUGAUAACUGUACAAACGUAUAAAACAAUUUUAACAGUU